AUGUUUUUGUUUUGUGUUACAGUGAAAAAAGCCAAGCUCCAAGGACCUCCAGACAAGUUCAACACCUACGUGACACUGAAGGUGCAGAAUGUCAAGAGCACGACUAUCACUGUUCGAGGGGACCAGCCCUGCUGGGAACAGGAUUUCAUGUUUGAGAUCAACCGGCUGGACCUCGGCCUCAUUGUUGAGGUGUGGAACAAAGGUCUCAUCUGGGACACCAUGGUGGGGACAGCCUGGCUUCCUCUAAAAAGUAUCCAACAGUCAGAGGAGGAGGGCUCAGGCGACUGGAUCUUUCUGGAUGCAGAGGUCCUGAUGAAGGCGGAUGAGAUAUAUGGCACCAAGAACCCGACACCUCACAGAGUCCUACUGGAUACUCGCUUCGAGCUGCCUUUUGACAUCCCAGAUGAUGAGGCACAGUACUGGACAGGCAAGCUGGUACGCAUCAAUACCAUGGGAAUUGAUGAUGAGUACACUCUUCAGGAUGACGUUCAGAGUCGCCCACUGCCAUUUGCGGCCUCCCAGUGCUUCCAGUGGAAAGUAGUCGCUUUGGGUCAUCAGGAAACCUGAGCCAGACGAGCUCCCAGCUUAGUGAGACUGGCCAGGAGAGCACUGGCGGGUCAGAACUAGAGGAGUCCUUCCACUCCUACCACAGUACUGGCUUUCACCCCUCUGCCAAUGGGAAGACACGCACCAAUGGACAUCUUUCCACCAAUGGACACUCUUCUGUCGGUGAGCAGGAGAUACAUAGGCUGUCCCCUGAAGUAGGACAGGGCCUGAAAAAUGAAACUCCAGUGGAGAGAGGGUCCUCUAAACUCCAAAGGUUCCACGAUGAUGGGCCACCAUUACCCUUUUCCCCAUCCAGAGUUCGUUGGUUGAAGGCCAUCAAUAAAGUCAGGGUUCAGCUCCGGGAGGUUCGAGAUGAAGAACCCAAUGCUAGACAGGCCUGGGUCAAACCAGGUGGUGGAUCUGGUCUGUAUGGAAUUGACAGCAUGCCAGACCUGCGUAAAAAGAAGCCUAUCCCCUUGGUCAGCGAUGUGUCCCUUGUCCAAGCCAGAAAGGCGGGGAUCGCUUCUGCUAUGGCUGCACGGUCCUCAAUCAAGGAUGAGGAACUGAAAAACCAUGUGUACAAGAAGACCCUUCAGGCUCUCAUCUAUCCCAUAUCCUGCACUACACCACAUAACUUUGAGGUGUGGACUGCCACUACACCCACAUACUGCUAUGAGUGUGAGGGGCUGCUGUGGGGAAUAGCCCGCCAAGGCAUGCGUUGCUCCGAGUGUGGGGUCAAGUGUCAUGAGAAGUGUCAGGAGCUGCUAAAUGCUGACUGUCUACAGCGUGCUGCUGAGAAGAGCUCUAAGCAUGGAGCUGAAGACCGGACUCAGAAUAUUAUCAUGGCCAUGAAGGACAGGAUGAAGAUCAGGGAAAGGAACAAACCAGAAAUCUUCGAGCUUAUCAGGGAAGUAUAUGUCAUCAGCAAAGCCAUCCAUGCGCAGCAGAUGAAGACUAUCAAGCAGAGCGUACUGGACGGCACCUCAAAGUGGUCAGCCAAGAUCACCAUCACAGUCGUUUGUGCUCAAGGACUUCAGGCAAAGGACAAGACAGGAUCCAGUGAUCCAUAUGUCACUGUUCAGGUGGGCAAGACCAAGAAGAGAACCAAGACCAUUUAUGGCAACCUCAACCCUGUCUGGGAGGAGAAGUUCCACUUUGAGUGCCACAAUUCCUCAGACCGAAUUAAAGUACGUGUGUGGGACGAGGAUGAUGACAUCAAGUCAAGGGUGAAGCAGCGUCUGAAGAGGGAAUCUGAUGAUUUCCUGGGCCAGAGCAUAAUUGAAGUUCGAACACUGAGCGGAGAAAUGGAUGUCUGGUACAACCUGGAGAAGAGGACAGAUAAGUCAGCUGUGUCAGGUGCCAUUCGCCUCCAAAUCAAUGUGGAGAUCAAAGGAGAGGAGAAAGUGGCUCCAUAUCACGUGCAGUACACCUGUUUGCAUGAGAACCUGUUCCACCACUCCACUGAUGUGCUGGGCCAAGGUGUGGUGAAAAUCCCAGAGGCUCGUGGAGACGAUGCGUGGAAAGUCUACUUUGACGAUGUGGGGCAAGAAAUAGUGGACGAGUUUGCAAUGCGCUAUGGGAUUGAGUCAAUUUACCAGGCCAUGACGCACUUUGCCUGUCUAUCGUCUAAGUACAUGUGUCCCGGGGUUCCUGCAGUGAUGAGCACCCUGCUGGCCAAUAUCAAUGCCUUCUACGCUCACACAACCGCCUCCACCAAUGUGUCCGCCUCCGACCGCUUUGCUGCCUCCAAUUUUGGGAAAGAACGCUUUGUCAAGCUUUUAGACCAGUUACACAACUCCUUGCGCAUUGACCUCUCAACCUACAGGAACCACUUUCCUGCCAGUAGCAAGGAACGCCUGCAGGAUUUGAAAUCCACCGUGGACCUUCUUACCAGCAUCACCUUCUUCAGAAUGAAGGUCCAGGAGCUACAGUCUCCGCCUAGAGCCAGCCAGGUGGUGAAGGACUGUGUCAAGGCCUGCCUCAACUCCACAUAUGAUUACAUCUUCAAUAAUUGCCACGAGCUGUAUAGCAGGCAGUACCAACCUGUUGACACAAACAAGGACGAUCUCCCACUGGAGGAGCAGGGUCCGAGCAUCAAGAACUUGGACUUCUGGCCUAAACUCAUCAUGCUCAUUGUCUCCAUCAUUGAAGAGGACAGGAAUGCCUACACACCUGUGCUUAACCAAUUCCCUCAAGAACUGAAUGUAGGGAAGGUGUCGGCGGAGGUCAUGUGGACAUUGUUUGCUCAAGACAUGAAGUAUGCUAUGGAAGAACACGAGAAGCACAGACUGUGUAAGAGCACAGACUAUAUGAACCUGCACUUUAAGGUCAAGUGGCUCUACAAUGAAUAUGUCAAGGAGCUGCCAAACGUUAAGGGUGUUGUUCCUGACUACCCAUCAUGGUUCCUACAAUUUGUGCUACAGUGGUUGGAAGAAAAUGAGGAUGUAUCUAUGGAGUUUAUGCAUGGAGCCCUAGAGAGAGACAAAAAAGACGGAUUCCAGCAGACGUCUGAGCAUGCUCUGUUCUCCUGCUCCGUGGUGGAUAUCUUCACCCAGCUCAACCAGAGCUUUGAGAUCAUCAGGAAACUGGAAUGUCCCGACCCUAACGUCAUGGCUCAGUACAGCCGCCGCUUCUCCAAGACUAUUGCCAAAGUUCUCCUGCAGUACAGCGCCAUUCUGACCAAGAGUUUUCCUUCUUAUAUCGACAAAGAGAAGAUUCCAUGUGUCCUGUUGAAUAAUGUGCAGCAGUUAAGAAUCCAGCUGGAGAAGAUGUUUGAGUCAAUGGGUGCCAAACAGAUGGACACAGAGGCCAGUGACUUACUGAACGACCUGCAGGUGAAGCUAAACAACGUGCUGGAUGAGCUCAGCAGCACAUUCGGGAACAGUUUCCAGAGCCGUAUCAAUGAAUGCAUGCGACAGAUGGCGUCUCUGCUGUACCAGAUCAAAGGGCCGCUCAACGCCAACAACAAAAACCAGGUGGACGCCGACUCUGACAACAUGCUACGGCCACUCAUGGAUUUCCUGGAUGGCAGGCUGACACUGUUUGCCACCGUCUGUGAGAAGACUGUACUGAAACGUGUGCUCAAGGAGCUGUGGAGGAUUGUAAUGAGCAGCCUGGAGAAGACUAUUGUCCUGCCGCAGGGGAACGAUACCUUUGGUGCACAGAUUCUCUCAGCUGCAAAAGAACUGGGUCAGCUCUCCAAACUUAAGGAUCACAUGGCAGGGGAGGCUAAAAGCCUCUCUCCCAGGCAGUGCGCUGUCAUGGAUGUGGCACUGGACACUAUCAAGCAAUACUUCCAUGCAGGAGGCAACGGGCUGAAGAAGGCGUUCCUGGAGAAGAGUCCUGAGCUGUCCUCACUACGCCACGCUCUGUCCCUCUACACCCAGACAACAGACACACUCAUCAAGACCUUUGUGACCACCCAACAUGCACAAGUGCACAAUGGAAAGGGUAUUCGGUUAACUCCCAAUGAAAAAAUACAGCCCAGCAGGGGUUCAGGCGUGGACAAGCCAAUAGGUGAGGUGGCUGUCCAGAUCGAACUGCACACUAAUCCUGGCAAUGGGGAGCGGAAAGUGUCCGUCAAAGUUGUGGGAGCCAAUGACUUAAAGUGGCAGACGUCCGGCAUGUUCCGACCCUUUGUGGAGAUCACCAUGUUCGGGCCUCACCUCAGCGACAAGAAACGCAAAUUCCAGACCAAAUCCAAGAAUAACAGCUGGUCUCCCAAGUUCAACGAGAACUUCCAAUUUGUUCUGGGUAAACAGGAAGGCUUCGAGUGCUACGAGCUGCAGGUCUGUGUCAAAGACUACUGCUUCGGCCGCGCCGACAGAGUGGUCGGCUUGGCCGUGAUACAAUUAAGAGAGAUCACUGGGAAAGGCAGCUGCGCCUGCUGGUGCCCGCUCGGCCAGCGCAUCCAGAUGGACGACACAGGCCUCACCGCCAUGCGGAUCCUCUCCCAGCGCUCCAACGACGAUGUGGCCAAGGAGUUUGUGAGGCUGAAAUCAGAGACUCGUUCGGCCGAAGAGGGCAGAUGAGGAGAGCUGGAGAUGGAGGGAGAAAAACAGAAAGGAUGGAAGGUUUCUUAAUUUAACAAGAGAAUGAUCUCAAGUCAAAAAGCAGGGAAUUAUUUUCCGUAGACGGCCAUAUGGACUCUGUUAGACCUUUGAUGUGUCUUAGCUGCUGUUGACUGUUUGGUGGCGCCUUGCCAAGCUCACCGACACACUGUCAUGUUCACACUCUGGGUAUUUUGGAAAAACACACGCUUUUAGUGUUCCUCAAACACUCCCAUCAUUUAACCGAGCUACUGUACAGCACACAACCACAGAAACCGGCUCACUCAACCUUCACAUUCACCAGCUGUUUCACUUGCCAGUGACCACGUACUCAGUCAUUAAACCUUUUUUUUGUAUUUAUUCUUUUACCCGUCCUCGUCAGUGUGCACGCCAUAGCCUCAAGGGAACAGAGGAUGCCAGGCCCUGCUGGAGGGCCCAAACAAGUUCCCACACCUCCCCCAGUGUUGUUGUGCAAUAACCUCACCUAAACCCCUCAAACCGUGGCCGUGUGUUUGAUGCCUUACACUCUACAAACUGUGAAUGUGAAGUAAAAAAAAAAAAAAAAGUCUUUUGAAUGCCCUGUUCGGUAGCUCCACUGUGAUGGUUUAGAGUAAAUGUGAAAAUUCUGUAUGGUUUAUCUAUAAAGGGGUCUUUUGUUUGAUGAUUGAAUGACGGUAGAGACAGAAAGUUCCAGUUUUUUAAGUCUUAUGGAUUAUUGAAUAAAGCGGAAGUGAAGAUGAGGAAAUUAAGCUAAUUUUGUGUCACAAGAAGGUACUUAAUGACGACCCAUCAUUUGACCCCUGAAUUUAAAGGAUUGUUCAAUUAAAUGUGUGCCUUGCCAUGUUACGUUUCCAUUCCUGUUCCCCCAGGAAUGACAGCAGUGAUUAGAUCAGUAAAUAAUAAAGAACAAAAGAACAAUAUGAUUAAAAUCAAAACCUCAUGAAAAACGACACCAACCAUGUGAACAUUCAUUCUGGCCAUAUUCAUUUAGUAUCAGCUCCAUUAACAACUCUUAUCUUGUGUUGGCCUGGUGUAGCCAUUUUAUUUAUUUUUUAUACAUAUUUAUUUAGUUUUGUCUGUGUAAAAUGUUGUUUACUGUCGAGAAACAGACGUGUGUUUGAAGAAUUUGCACAGAGGUUGCUGCUGCAGUGUUGUACACGUAAACUGCAGUUCAACAGAAGAGUUACAUACCAAGAUACAUACCCUCAGAAUAAAGCGACAACCUAGUGUUUUUAUGAAAUAAGCUGGCGACUCAUGUCCUCGACUUAAAAUAGUGAUAACUGUCUUUUAGAAUUGUUCUUUUGUAGUGAAGAAAUAUUACAUGUUGGAACUUUCAGGUAACAACUUUUUCUUCCAAAAAAAAAAAAAAAAGGAUAUAUGAACAUUUGAACACGAGCUCCUCGGCUAGUGAGUUGAUCAGGAGUGUAGAAUUACUCAUGGUUUACAUACAUCUGCCUGCUGUUUUCUUCUACUCUUCCUAUGAGUGGCCUUACUUUGGUGAAAAAACAAACAAAAUAUGUCUUUUUAAUCUUUUUUUUUUUUAAUCCUUGUGUUUCCUUUGGCUCUCAGCAAUGAGUAUUUGCCACUUCUCUGCCCAUAAUGAUGUCAAAUCCAAGUGAUGUUCCUCAUCAUUUUGUACUUUUUAUCUUUGAUGAUAUUGCAAACGUUGUAAAUGUAUCUAGGCUGGGUUUUCUUAGCAGUCUGUUAUAUUUUGUGUCCUGUUCCCUUCUGGUGUUUUGUAAAUGUUCAUCCUUGAUCCUCUUUAAUAGUUUGAAAUAAUAUCAAUCACUGUAUUGUAAGAUAUGUUUUAGUUUUAUGGACAGGAGUCGUAUACAGCAAGACGUGUGCAAGUGAAUUUGUUCAUAACUGAACUGAAGAAUAUUAAAAUGUUACUCUUAAUGAAGGACGGAUAUUGCUAUAAUGUGAGAACCUUAAUGUGUGCACAUUUUUAAACUGAUCACACCCUGUAGAAAUCACAAAUUCACAUUCCUCUUUGUUACAGUUCAUUAUCCUUUUGUGAAUAAUUUUUUUGUUAUUGGUUUAUGAGGGCAAAUGUUUCAAAGCCAUUCUGUAAUAUACAUGUUCCUUGUGCCAAGUUGUUUUUUUUUUUAUUUCUACAUUUUCUAAAUUUGUUAACCCUUGCACUAUCAUUAAGUCACUGCAAUAGUUAACAAGUACACUAUAUCAGUCACAGUAACUGCAUUUUUGUGGUGUUUUCUUUGUAUUGUCACUACUCUGAAAUGUUGUCACCAUGUAAACGUUCCGAUUAAUGAAUUUUGCAUAAAGUAUUUGAGAAGUAUCUAUAAA